GGGGUUUCCUCCAGGUACUAUGGUUUCCUCCCCUAGUCCAAAGACAUGCUCUGUAGGCUAAUUGGCAUUUCCAAAUUCUCCAUAGUGUGUGAAUAUGUGUGUGAUUGUGCCCUGCAGGGUUGGCACCCUGUCCCCUGCCUUGUUCCUGGGAUAGGCUCCAAGCUCCUCUACGACCCUGUGUAUGAGAAGCAGUAUGAGAAAUGGAUGGAUUGAUAAUAACAUGAAUAAUAAUAUAGAAUGUUUCCACAUCCAGUUCUAUUAAUUAUAACAUCUAAUAUAAUAACAGUACAGUGAAUAGAAGGGCGAGCUCAAAGUUUGAAUAGUCAUCCACAAACUUAUUCUCAUUUAAAAGUAAAAGUUUAAAAAACCUGCUUCCACUAUUUUUGUUUUGGGUUUUUUUUUUUUUUUAAUCCUGGGGUUUCGAUGCCAUCUGCUGGAAACUAGACGCUGAAAAGGAAUGUCUCGGCAUACCGAGGUUUCAAGGGGAAGAUAAAACAUGGCGCACAGUCCCAAACUGAACAUAAGGCACUACAUAGGGAGUAAAAGCUGUAGACUAAAAGCAGAGUUCUACUCAAUGUAGUGCACUUAUACAGGGAGUGAUGAGGCAAUGAGGAUAAAGCCAGAGAAGUUUCUCUUUGCUAAUCUGUGAGGGAGUUAUUUUUUUAUUUUUGUUCCAGCAAACGCGUGGUUAGGUUUGAUGUUUUCAGAAAUGGCUAGCAAGUUUAGUUAGCCACCUCCACCGAGUCUGCGGUGUACAUGCAUGCAAACAGUCCUGGUUUGUCCCUUACAAAAGUUUACACUCGGCACCAGAAAUGUGGGGCGAAAUCGAUUCAUGCAUCGAACCUGCCAGUCCUGCACCCUGCGAUCCACACAGUACUGGAACAGAGGAUGAGGAUGAGAUGGACCAGCAUGCCAGUGAGCCCUCAAACCCCACUGCCCACAUUCAGGUUAAAGGUUCUACCACUCUGGAUGCCAUGAUAUCAGCCAUAGUGGUCAGUGGGAGUCCAGUAAAGAGCCAGCAGCUGGGAGAACCAGACCUUACUGUGGAGGAGAAAAAGCAGUUGUUGAUGGAACAGUAUAAUACCAAGCCGGUAGUCUUUCUUGAGCGCUAUCACACUCAUUUGAAACCGGAGCAUAUGGAGGCCUUCUCACAUGUGAGCAGUGACUGUCGAACACAGUAUUACUGUACAGAAGUUCAGAAACAGGCGUCAAGUUCGGCCAACAAGACGAGGGUGCGCAACCAUCGCUACGCAGCUCUCCGAGCACUUCAGAAGGAGGGCCAGUACUUCAGCGAGGAGCAGAUGCGUUUUCGAGAGCCUCUUCUGUACGAGCAGUACAUUGGUCAGUACCUGAGUGAGGAGGAGAUCCUGCAGCGCUCUGAAGAAUCUAUGCAGAAGGGUCCGACAGGUCUGUCUGAUCUGCUCAUCAACUCUUAUCAGGAGAAAGAGCUCCAGAAACGCCUGCAGGAGGAACAGGACCGAGAGAACUGUGCCGAUCAGGAGGAAGAGGACGGUGAAGAGGAGCCUACACAUGCAGACUGGGAACCGACAGCAGAAGAGAAAGCCCUGCUGAGAGACGAGUUUCUGAGUCAAAUGCACCAACGCUUCUUAGAGGGCAAAGAUAAAGAGUUUAACUACAGUGAAGUGGAUGAGAACCCAGAUUAUGAUAACCUGGACAUUUUAAGUCGUGAUGCUGAAGAAAAGUACUUUGAUGGAGAGGAAGAUGAAGAGGAAGAGGAGGAGGAUGACGUGAUGUGAUGUAAAAGUUUUUGAACAGUUGAAACGCUGCAGUGUCUGGGAGAGGGGGAAAAAAUUUCUUCAAACCCACUGUAGAUUUUAAGAAUUUAUUUUUCUAAGAAGAUGAAUCACUUCCAGAGUGCCACUUCAUAGUUUGUAAUCUGUCUGAGAACGCUGUUGCUUGUGAGACAAGCUGCAAUAAUGAAAAAAAAAAAGCAGCCGAAAUGACGCCCCAUGGGUUGUUGUUAGUAAAAAGGGGCAGAGUCUACUUCUGGACUGGAAGUUAAAAACUAAUGAGAUCCACUGCAUGGGAAUAUUGUGAAUCUGUUCUUCUAAAGUAUCUUUAAAAUUCAUUGAUUGCAGGGCUAGUUUAAAUUGAGCAUCUUUGCUGAACCACUAGAAGUCUGUAAUUGAAUGUGAUGCUAUAUUAAAGUACAUUUGUAAUUGUGAGUCAAAGGUUUUUUUUUAAUAAUAAAGCUAUAUGUGUAAAUAAAUGUACAUCUAGCAGAGGUAGCAUAGAGGAUUAAACAUACAGAUGUGGCCACUAAAAAUAUGCGUCAAAGGAAACAGGAUCCUGAAGCAUGAUGUCAUCAAAUCACAAGUCUGUUUUGAUUUGCUGGUCAGAAGCUGUACUAAAUGACAAAUAACCUUAAAAAAAAAAAAAAAAUCACAAACAUGACACUUGUAAAUAAAGUAAUUUUAUAUAUGCAAAUUAUUAGAUUCUUAAAAUUAAACGACAGCUAAAUAGUGAAAAAAAAACCCUGUAAUCCAAUGAAUGAAUGACAGUAACUUUUGUAGAAGGCUCAACUGACAACAAAGUCUGACUUGGCCCGUUCAUCCAUCCA